AUGAAUUGGGUUCGCGGUGAUUUUUUAGGUAGUGGAAGCUUUGCCACUGUUAACUUAGCCACACAUACAAAAAAUUCUCUUAACUUUCCGUCUAUUACCGCCGUCAAGUCCUCCGAAGAAUACGCCUCACAUUUCCUUCGAAAGGAAAAACAUAUAUUAGAUUGUUUAGGUUCUUCCCCACAUAUUAUCCAGUGUCUUGGUCAUGAUCGUACUUUUGAAGACGGCCAAGAGUGUUAUAAUAUAUUUCUUGAAUACGCCGCCGGUGGAACACUUUUCGAUCAGCUCAAGAAUCACGGAGGUAAGCUCUCGGAAACUCUCGUUCGCCGUUACACGAGGUCUAUUCUACAAGGACUUAAAUACAUUCAUGAAAACGGUUUCGUUCAUUGCGAUGUGAAGCUACAAAACAUCCUCGUAUUCGACCAUGGAAAUGUUAAGAUUUCAGAUUUUGGUCUUGCAAAGGAGAAAGGUUUAGAACACGGAGACAAGAAGUUGGAAUGCAGAGGAACUCCUAUUUUUAUGGCGCCGGAGUCGAUUAAUGAUGGUGUUUAUGAAUCUCCGGUGGAUAUUUGGGCUCUUGGUUGUGCCGUCGUGGAGAUGAUUAGCGGUAAACCAGCAUGGAAUAUGAGUAGCAAGAAAAAUAUGUGGUCGUUGAUGAUUCGAAUUGCGAUCGGAGAUGAAUUACCUUUGAUUCCAGAUGAGUUAUCGGAAGAAGGCAAAGAUUUUCUUAGAAAGUGUUUUGUUAAAGAUUCAUCGAAAAGAUGGAGGGCUGAGAUGCUUUUGAAUCACCCUUUUAUUUCGGAUGAUGAAAGUGUUUCAAAUUUGAAAGAUGAGUCCUUGCUAUUAAUGUCUCCAAGAACUCAUUUCGAUUUUUUUUCUUCUUCUACGGAAUCGACUUUAUCGACAGAGAGAUUCCAACAAUUACCAAAUUAG